ACGUGAGUGCGCCGGCCGGCGGCAGAGGGGAGCGGCAGUGACAGCGGCUGAGGGAGGCGGCCGGUCCCGCCGCCGCCAUGGGCAUAAAAUUUUUAGAAGUUAUUAAGCCAUUCUGUGCAGUGUUACCUGAAAUCCAGAAACCGGAAAGAAAAGAAAUGCAUAGCUGGGAACAUGACACCAUCCGAGAGAAUCCUCUUUCGUUGAUGAGAGAUUCCUGAAGGCAGAUUCAGUGGUUGGAGGCAGAAAGUUUGUAUUUCUGCUGUAUCUGUCUUGCAUGUUAGUUCAUGUCACAUAUUAGUAGAUGCUGUACUCUUGCCUACAGUGAAUGCACUUAUCCUAAUGUUUACGGUCCACGGAGGAGAGGUGGGAACUUCAACAUAACACUGCAUCUUAGCUCCCUCUGGUUGCUUCAGAUCCAGUUCAGAGAGAAGGUACUAUGGACGGCUAUCACGCUCUUCAUUUUCUUAGUGUGCUGCCAGAUACCUUUGUUUGGAAUCAUGUCAUCAGAUUCGGCAGAUCCGUUCUAUUGGAUGCGAGUCAUUCUUGCGUCAAACAGAGGUACUUUGAUGGAAUUAGGUAUCUCACCCAUUGUGACAUCUGGUUUGAUCAUGCAGCUGCUGGCUGGAGCAAAGAUCAUUGAAGUUGGCGAUACUCCAAAAGACAGAGCCUUGUUCAAUGGAGCUCAGAAAUUAUUUGGGAUGAUUAUUACCAUUGGUCAAGCCAUUGUGUAUGUUAUGACUGGAAUGUAUGGAGAUCCUGCUGAAAUGGGUGCUGGAAUUUGCCUUCUUAUUAUAAUCCAGCUGUUUGUUGCUGGUUUGAUUGUGUUGCUGUUAGAUGAGUUGCUACAGAAAGGUUAUGGCUUGGGGUCUGGUAUUUCCCUGUUUAUCGCUACCAAUAUCUGUGAAACCAUUGUCUGGAAGGCUUUCAGUCCCACUACCAUCAACACUGGCAGAGGCACAGAGUUUGAAGGUGCUGUGAUCGCAUUAUUUCAUCUUCUGGCUACACGAACCGACAAAGUCCGGGCUUUGCGGGAGGCUUUUUACCGACAGAAUUUGCCCAAUCUCAUGAAUCUGAUUGCUACAGUAUUUGUAUUUGCUGUAGUCAUAUAUUUUCAGGGAUUUCGUGUUGAUUUACCUAUCAAGUCUGCCCGUUACCGGGGACAGUACAGCAGCUAUCCCAUCAAGCUCUUCUAUACCUCCAACAUUCCCAUCAUCCUGCAGUCUGCCUUAGUUUCCAACCUCUAUGUUAUUUCCCAGAUGUUGUCUGUUCGGUUUAGCGGCAACUUCUUGGUGAACUUACUAGGACAGUGGGCGGAUGUGAGUGGCGGUGGCCCUGCUCGCUCGUACCCUGUUGGUGGCCUGUGCUACUACUUGUCCCCUCCAGAAUCCAUGGGUGCAAUAUUUGAGGAUCCUGUCCAUGUAAUAGUUUAUAUAAUAUUUAUGUUGGGAUCCUGUGCGUUCUUCUCAAAGACUUGGAUUGAGGUGUCUGGCUCAUCAGCAAAAGACGUUGCCAAGCAACUCAAAGAGCAGCAAAUGGUGAUGAGAGGCCACAGGGACACUUCGAUGGUUCACGAGCUUAACAGGUACAUCCCCACAGCAGCUGCGUUUGGUGGUUUGUGCAUCGGUGCCCUUUCGGUAUUGGCGGACUUUCUGGGAGCCAUUGGGUCCGGCACUGGCAUUCUGCUUGCAGUCACUAUUAUUUAUCAGUAUUUUGAAAUCUUUGUAAAAGAACAGGCUGAAGUUGGAGGAGUAGGUGCAUUAUUUUUCUAGAUGUCCAAAUAUUUCAUGGUUUGUGUGAAAGGGAAAAUAUUUUGACCACAUGUGUCAUUUAGUCCAAUACUGCUAUUUUCUUUUUACUUGUUUUAAAGUGCUACAUGUCCCAUUACUGUAAUGGGCCUUGAGCAAUGCCUGUGCGCAGCAUUAGUACCAGCUGCCUUAAGAAUAAAGUUUACAUUAUCUUGUUUAAGUAUUAUCUAGUGUUGCCUGUAAUGCUGGAAACCAAUUCAUCUACCUUGCUGUUCAAACACUACAGUGAGAUGGUAAAAUGUAUCAGUUUGAUAUCGGUAAACAUUUUUGCACACAGUAUUAAAAUGUUACAUUUAUUUCCCUGUCCUAAAUAGGAAAAAAAAAAAAGAAAUCUGAGUUCAGAUUGCCACGUGCCAGUAUUCUUGACAAAAUUUAUUUGUAGCCUGUAUUUUACAUUAAUUUUUUUAUACUUUCUUAACUUGUAUUUCCCCAUCAUUGAACAUGGCGCUCCUUAUUCCUUUGCGGUGUCUUCACCCAGGCACCUUUCUCUUAGCUCUAAGGGUGGACAAGCAAACGUUUUACCGGAGACUGAUACUCAUCUCACCCAUGAACUGGUUCUGUGGUGGAUUUGCUGCAUCGCAGGCCCUGGGCGCCCCGUGAGACAGCCUGGUAGCUGCUGUCAUGCUCGUCAGUCAGCCCAGUAGUUUUGUUUUCAACAUGUACUUGUGAAAACUGUGCCACUGAAACUCCAUGUCCACUUUGCUUUUGUGAGUCUGAAGAACAAGGCCUGGUUCCUCGAUCAGUGUUCAGAGGAGGGAAAGGGCGGGGGGAACGAGGAGUUCCUGCUGAAAAUUUAUUUAUGUUGUCACGCUUUACAGCGGCAAUGUAGCAACUGUAAACGUUAGACAAUAAACUUAUUUAAUUAAGCUCUC